AUGUCGAGCGCCAUCGGGAGGGGGGCCUCUGUUGGGGGCCUCAUCCUGUUCGGCACCACCACAUCCCUCUUUGCUAAGAUUGUGUAUGAGCUGGAGUCUGUCGGCCGUGAUGGUCAGCCCAAGCUUUUCCAGAAGCCCUGGGCCAUGACCCUCUCCAUGUUCCUAGGCAUGACCCUGUGCCUUCCGCUGGCGUACUACCGGGAACACCGCCAGCGAAAGGAGCAGCAGAGCAAGGGCUCACUGAGCGUGCCGCUCAUAGGGGCGCACCAGGCCGCCGCCCCCUCCGAGCCGCCGCCCGUCGCCAAGGGCAGCCUCAAGGAGACGCUGCUGCUGUGCGUCCCCUCCUUCUUCGACCUCGUGGCCACCGUGCUAAUGAACAUCGGCCUGCUGUCCGUGACCGCCAGCGUCUACCAGAUGAUGCGCGGCGCAGAGAUGCUCUUUGCCGCGGCGUUCGCGGUGGCGUUCCUGCACCGCCACCUGAACCGGUGGCAUGGCCUCGGGAUCGCGUUCUGCGUGAUUGGCAUCGGCUUGGUCGGCAUGUCCAGCGUGCUGGGUGGCGAGGGCAGCAGCACGCACCAAGUUUCUACCCCGCAGAUGUUGUUUGGGAUCGGCCUCAUCAUCUUGUCACAAGCUGUCCAAGCGGCCCAGCUGACGUUUGAGGACUUCUUCAUGGCAGACCUGGACAUGGAUCCAUUGAAAAUUGUAGGCUUUGAGGGCGUGUUUGGCAGCGUCAUGAUGAUCGGCGUGAUGAUGCCCAUAGCUUACUUCCUGCCAGGGGAGGAGGGCACCGGCCUUCACGAGGACAGCCUGGACUCCCUGGUCAUGAUCAAGAACAGCACAGCGCUGCAGGGGGUGCUGGGCACUGACAUGUUGGCGCUGCUGCUCUACAACCUGUCUGGCAUGAUGGUGACCGGCCACCUGGGGGCCGUCUUCCGUACGGUCCUGGAGACGAUGCGCACCCUUUUCGUGUGGCUGGUCGGCCUGCUGCUCUUUUACACGCCCCUGGGCAUGGGCCGCCUGGGGGAGAAGUGGACAGCUUGGUCGCCCCUUCAGGCGCUCGGGUUCGUCGUGCUGGUGGCCGGCACUCUCGUAUACGGCAAGGGCGACGAGGCCGCGUCAAAGGGCGACAUCGACGCCGCCGCCUCGGGUGACCGCGACGCGCCCGCCGGUUACACCCGGGAAGACCCAGAGGCAGCGGCGGCGCCCCUGCUGCCGGGCAUGGACGCCGCCGUCGACGUGCAGAGUGAGCCGACGCUGAUCGCCACAGGUCGCUCGGGACCCAUCAGCAUGCCUGUCGGCAUCCGGAGCGCGUCUCCGAGCCAGCGGGGCGGAAGCUUCCGGGCGUCAAUGACGAUCGCCCAGGGAAGCUACAGGGGCAGCUACACGCUGGUCGGCAGCGGGCCCCGGGGCUUGUCGCUUGACGCGGCCCCGGGCGAGCUGACGGUGAGGGAAACGGCGACGCGGCGCGGCGGCGAGGGCGCUGGCGGCGUGGAGGCUCACAGCACUUGA